GUGGCACUGAGCUAUCCCUGGCCCCAACCCUGUCUUAAAAAAUAAAUGGGCUGGGAAUGUAGUUCAUUAUGAAGCCCCUGGGCUUGACCCUCAAUACCAAAAAACAAAAAGCUGAUAUACAUGAAACGUGUGACAUAAAACACAUUGAGCUUGCUGGUGGGGACCCAACCUGGGUGGAAUGGGUGGGCGUGGUGCUGCACAGCUGUAAUCCCAGUACUGGGAAGGCUGAGGCAGGAGGAUCACCAUGAGUUCAAGGCCGGUGAGGGCUACAUAAAAAGAUCUCUUAAAAGAACAAAACAAAACAGAAUCAAACAAACCAUUCUCAGUGGAGUGAGCCAAGCCAUGUACUACACCAGGUGUGUGCAGGGGUUAGGGUCUGAGGACAAAACCCAAUUUAGGAGAAAGGGUGGGGAGGGCAGAGCCCCAGAGUUCCGGGCAGGCUGAGCCCAGCUCUGGUGUCUCUGGGUUUUAAGCUGUUUCAACUGAUGUUCAAAGUGCUAAGAACAUGAAUGCUCCUCCCCACAGGUGACGCAUUUACUUUCCUUAGCAUUGGCCUUGGCUUCUGUGCCUCCUGGGCCAUUCCUGCCAGGCUUGCUUGCGUCCCCACCGCUGGCAGUUGCUGUGACCCAUGCCAGCCCCACUGAGUUGUACUCCAUCCUCCUGGUGGUGGCCUCAGCAUGGCAGAGCCCUUGGCCCCGGAGGGCAGCAAGCCCGGCUCCAGCUCUGAUGCAGAACCCAAAGGGAAGCCACCGCUCACCUGGGCCCCGCUGCCUGGCCACCGCAGUGAGAUCCUCUUCUCCCAGCGCGAGGGUGGCGCAGAGGGAAGCUUGCUCACUGUCACCAUCACUGAGACCACGGUCAUCGAGUCGGACCUGGGUGUGUGGAGUUCUCGGGCACUCGCCUACCUCACGCUGUGGUUCUUCUUCAGCUUCUGCACACUGUUCCUCAACAAGUACAUCCUGUCACUGCUGGAGGGCGAGCCCAGUAUGCUAGGCGCCGUGCAGAUGUUGUCCACCACGCUCAUCGGCUGCGCCAAGACCUUCAUCCCUUGCUGCCUCCACCAGCACAAGCCGCGGCUGUCCUACCCACCCAACUUCAUCAUGACCAUGCUCUUCGUGGGCCUCAUGAGGUUUGCAACCGUGGUCCUGGGCCUGGUUAGCCUGAAGAAUGUGGCGGUGUCAUUUGCAGAGACUGUGAAGAGCUCUGCCCCCAUCUUCACGGUGAUCAUGUCACGCAUGAUCCUGGGCGAGUACACAGGGCUGCUGGUCAACCUGUCCCUCAUCCCGGUCAUGGGAGGGCUGGCGCUGUGCACUGCCACUGAGAUCAGCUUCAAUAUCCUGGGCUUUUCAGCUGCACUGUCCACCAACAUCAUGGACUGUUUGCAGAACGUCUUUUCCAAGAAGCUGCUCAGCGGAGACAAGUACCGGUUCUCGGCCCCAGAGCUGCAGUUCUACACCAGUGCAGCAGCGAUGGUGAUGCUCAUCCCUGCCUGGAUCUUCUUCAUGGAUGUGCCUGUGAUCGGCAGGAGCGGGAGGAGCUUCCGCUACAGUCAGGAUGUGGUGCUGCUGCUGCUGACAGACGGCGCCCUGUUCCACCUGCAGAGCGUCACUGCCUACGCCCUCAUGGGCAAGAUCUCUCCUGUGACCUUCAGCGUGGCCAGCACUGUGAAGCACGCCUUGUCCAUCUGGCUCAGCAUCAUCGUUUUUGGCAACAAGAUCACCAGCCUGUCUGCUGUUGGCACCGUUCUGGUGACAGUGGGUGUCCUGCUCUACAACAAGGCACGGCAGCAUCAGCAAGAGGCCAUGCAGAGCCUGGCCGUAGCCACCAGCUGGGCCCCAGAGGAUGAUGCGGAGCCACUGCUUCUCCAGGACCCCAGGCAGCACCACUGACCCAGGCCCUUGCACUUGGUGUGAGGUGGACGUGUGGGGCGUCCCCUGAGUCGUCACCAGCUGUGAGCACUGCGGGAGAGGGUGCCCAGCUCGCUCUGGGCUGUGCGUGACCACUGGGCUCAGUGCUGACAUGGGGUGUUCCCUGCUGGGUGCCAGCAAGGAGACCCCGAGUUCCUCACGCCAGCUACCACAGGUGUCCAUGCCGCCCAGGCUACAGCCAAGCCUGGAGGUCGGCACAGUGUCCACCUGCAGGCGCCAGGAUGGGACAAUGCCAGGUGCCCAUGGCCUCAGGCACGGAGGUCGCACAGCCUAAAGAAAUGGGGCACAGACUGCCUGGAAACUGGGGUCUGUCGUGCUCCAGAGCUGUGUCAGGGUACCCCAGAGCCACCCCACCAUGAAACACUGGAAGGGGUAUGAAUUGCUCCCAGAGGGCAGCCCAUGGCUCCUUCCCCAGCCUGUACUGAUCUGAGCCCCCGCACCUGUGGCCUGUCCCUUGCCAGAUGGCAAGUCCUGCCCAACGGGUGACAAUAAAUCUCUGCCAUUCCUCCCUUGUGUGGGACCCUAUGGAGGGGAAGCUGGGCUCUCCUCGGGGCCAACCCCACUGCUGGACCUAACAGGGAGCUUGUCUGGCUGAGUGUCUCACGGGUGACAGCUUGAAAGUUUUUUGUUUGUUUGAGACAGGGUCUUGUUAUGCACCUCAGGCUGCCCUUGAAUUCAUGGUGAUGCUCCUUCGUCAGCCUCCUGAGUGCUGGGAUCACAGGUGUGCACCACCAUGCCUGGUAUGACACUGAAAGUGACACUAUGUUUUGAUGAAGCAAGCACCUAUAUAAAAGGUCUCUGAGUGUUCUGUGUCAGGUGGGCCCCUAUCUGCCCAUGAGUCGUCUGCUCAUCCCCACGCCGGGGACCGUGACAUCGCUGUCAACGUCACCCACUCCCAGGGCCAGAGGAAGGGGCACUGAGCACACUGGUGCAUAGGCUGUGUGACAGGCUGCAUCCUCCUUACUCCUCACCUUGCUGUGCUUCCCCAGCCCUUCUCCCUGUGAGCCAUAGCCUGGGUGCUGGUCGGCCCAUUCUCAUUUCCUGUCCCUAUUUGCUAGCUCUAUAGCAGCCAUAAUUGGUUCUCUGGUUUUCCAGUUGGCUUCUCUCCUGGAAAAUACAAAGUAGUCCAUCCUGGAGAUAAAAUCUCUCAGAAACAAACAGCAAUAAGUACCUGUCAUUAAGUGCUAACUACUUGAAAAAUCAUGCCAUGCCAA